AUGGCAGAUACAGGCCUGAUUGAUGUAGGAGCCUCAGCGGCGUCAGCAGCUACAGCCCUGGAGAACUUACAGGUAGAGGCGAGCUGUUCAGUGUGCCUGGAGUACCUGAAGGAGCCUGUCAUCAUUGAAUGUGGGCACAAUUUCUGCCGGGCCUGCAUUACCCGUAGGUGGGAGGAACUGGAAAGAGACUUCCCCUGCCCGGUUUGCCGCAAGACAUCACGUUAUCGCAGCCUCCGACCCAACAGGCAACUGGGCAACGUGGUGAAAAUUGCCAAACAGCUACAAGCUGUCAAGUGGAAGACUCGAGAUGAGAGUCUCUGCCCCCAGCACCGUGAAACCCUUAACUUCUUUUGCUGCGAGGACCAGGAGCCUGUAUGUUUGGUGUGUGAGAUCUCCCAUGCCCACCGAACUCACACCAUCAUGCCACUGGAUGAUGCUGCACAGGAGUACAAGGAGAAGCUGCAAAAGUGUCUGGAACCUCUGGAGCAGAAACUGCAGAUCACCCAGUGCAAGUCAUCUGAAGAGAAGAAGCCUGGGGAACUCAAGUGUCGAGUGGAGAGUCGGUGGCAGCAGAUUGCCGGGGAGUUUGAGGAAUUACAUCUACUGCUAGAGGAAGAACAGCAGAUUCUGCUCUCUCGACCAGAGGAGGAGGAGCAAGACAUUGGGCAGAGUCUUCGGGAAAAUGCUGCCCAGCUUGGAGAGCAACGUCGAGACAUUGCCCGCCUUGCAGCUGAGAUCGAGGGCAAGUGCCUACAGUCAGGUUUCGAGAUGCUCAAGGAUGGCAAAAGCACACUGGAAAAAUGUGAGAAGGUGAAGACCAUGGAGGUGACCUCGGUCUCCACUGAGCUGGAAAAGAACUUCAGCAGCUUUCCUGACAGUACUUUGCCCUAAGGAAGAUCCUUAAACAGCUGAU